AUGCCCUACUUGGAGUUAGCUGGAUUCAGGUCAGCAGCAUUGACCCGGACGUUUGAUUUGCAGAACGAUUUAAUGUCUGCAUUGGUCAAGCGUUGGCGCCCGGAGACCCACACUUUUCAUUUGUCGUGUGGGGAGUGCACUGUCACUCUAAAGGAUGUUGCAUUGCACUUUGGGAUCCCAAUCAACGGGAGUGUCGUAAUGGGCGUAAGUGCGAUAGCUGAGCCGGUUACACUUUGUUAUAGCCUACUAGGAGCCUCGCCCGACGAUGAUGAGCCCAAUUUUUCAGAUUUGAAAUUUACAUGGCUGAAAGCAAAUUUUGAGCACUUAUCAGUUAAUGCCACUGAAGAAGAGUUGAUGUGCGCAGCUCGAGCGUACAUUAUGCAUAUUAUAGGGGGUGUACUGAUGCCCAAUUCGAACAACAACAGGGUUCAUCUCCAAUAUUUACCUUUAUUAGCUGAUUUGCGUAAUGUUUGCUCGUAUAGUUGGGGUUUCGCAGUUUUGGCUAUGUUGUAUCAUGAGUCUGACAAAGCCUGA